GAGUCGAAGCGGGAAGGUGCAGCUUUCUCAUGCACACUACCGUGGAGCUGGGAAGUUGCCAUCCACGUCCGUUUGCUCAAUUUCCUGCCUUUGUCGGUCAACACAUCCUACCAUCACUCUUCUUUUCUAGGACAAUUCUUCCCCUGCAACUGCUUUUUGUUGCUUUUUGACAUCCUCCUCUCCACAAUCAAUUCGAUCCCUUUGUCAGACACAUCAUGGCUCCUUGUUCCAAUGGCGCUUGCAGGAACAACGGCACUCGUGCUUGUUCGCGCUGCAAGAACACUUCCUACUGCGGCACGGCUUGUCAGAAGGUUGCUUGGUUGAAACAUAAGGAUGUCUGCGUCAAGCCAGGCGUGAGCACUGCGUCGAAAGUUGUUGAGUAUGUGCGUUCGGGCACUUUCAACUUCAUGGGUCUUCCUCGCGAACUACGUGAUAAGAUUUACAAGGAGCUGGCUGUUUUCCACUUCUCUUCCGAGGAUCGAUACAAGCAUGCCAGAUUUUCCAUUCCCCAAGGCACGCCUCAUAUCGACAUUGUAGAGAGAGACGCCGCAUAUGAGAUCGAGAGAAGUGUUAUGAUCAGUCCCGGUACUCUUCUUGGGACCUCUCUGAUCGGCAGGAAGAUCCCUUGUCCUCGUGCCAAGAUCGUUGGCCUCCUUCUCGCCAACAAACAAAUCAGCCACGAGUUGCUUGAGAUAGCUGUCUCGCAAAAUGUCUUUCUUGUUCCUGUAAACGAGACCAUCGAACUCAAUUCACCCGGCAACAUUUUCCGUCGCAAAUUCAAUCCCUCGCUCGUCUCUAAGAUUGAAAGACUUCACAUCAACGUCUGCACUGAGAUUGAUCCCUUCGACGACUCAUACCAUGUUGGUGUCAGCAAAGUCCAAAAGAGCAUGGAUCAUGUCGUCAGAACUCUCAACGAAGCCGGUAAAACGCUCAAGAGUCUCACCGUACGCUACAUGUCGUGCUACCCCGGUGAGGUAGAAGAAAUGCGCCAUGAUGCCGAUGCUCUUGUCAAGAACCCAGGAGCUCGCUGUAUUCAAGUCAUGCGUGUCUGUGACGGCCGUCUGGAUGCGCUCAAUCUCACCAAUAUGCAAGCUUUCUACCUCCACGGCGCCAACAUUGCUUCCGCCCUCGAGGCGCUCACCACCCCUGUCAAACAGUUCUCCGCCUACGGCGACAUCUCCGGCCUCGAUCUCAAACGUAUGUAUCAUCACUUCAACUUGCCCUUUGAGAUUGAGAAACCUCGCUAUCAUCUCGAUCGUUGGGGUCAAAAGUCGAGCGGAUUUGCAGGUUUUACUUUCCCUCCUGAUAUGGAACGCGAACAUUGUAGAUCUUCCAAGGCCAGGCGUGCUAGGCUUGAGAUUAUUCGAGGUUUUUCGACUCCUUCAUCGGAGAGUAUGUGGCAGUUGAAGAGAAGGUUGGGGUUGUCUCGUAUCUGAGAUGGAUUCAAUGCGGAGCAAUGUUGACCCUCAUUGAGAAACGACCGAGUGGUUAGCAAACACCUAGCAACUUUCACAUGGGAAUUGGGAUCAUAGAAAACACAAAAACACUAUUCAAGUCCG